GAAGUGGUUCGUGCCGUUGUCCCAAAAAUGAAUUUGGAUGAGCUCUUUGAACAAAAGGGUGAAGUUGCUAAAGCUGUAUCAGAGGAACUUGAGAAGGUGAUGGGAGAUUAUGGAUACAAUAUCGAGCACAUUCUAAUGGUCGAUAUAAUACCAGAUGCUUCUGUGCGCAGGGCAAUGAAUGAGAUUAAUGCAGCUCAAAGGCUUCAACUUGCAAGUGUAUACAAAGGCGAAGCGGAGAAGGUGCUCGUAGUCAAGAAGGCAGAAGCUGAAGCUGAAGCAAAAUACCUAGGCGGUGUCGGUGUGGCAAGGCAGAGACAAGCGAUCACCGAUGGUCUGAGAGAAAAUAUCUUGAACUUCUCUCAUAAGGUGGAAGGUACCUCAGCCAAAGAGGUCAUGGAUCUGAUCUUGAUCACUCAAUAUUUUGACACCAUCAAGGACCUCGGGCAUUCCUCAAAGAACACGACUGUAUUCAUACCACACGGUCCGGGCCAUGUUAGAGAUAUCAGUGGCCAAAUACGCAACGGGAUGAUGGAGGCUGCCAGCGCCCAGGCAGGGCUCACAAAUGAUGAGAUGAACAUCAAUUUACUUCAAUGAUUCAUCAGGCACCAUGUAUACUUAUCUCUUCAUCUCAUCAACUUUUGUGAAGAGCGUGCAUAUCAAUAUAAAGGUUUGUAGAAUCAAUAUAUUUGUUCUGUUUUGAUGUAUAGAGAGAGGGUUCGAGGGUUAAUGUUCAAUAAGCUGGAAAAAUGUUUCUUCAUGUAGUGGUUCUUAUUACCACUUGAUACUCCUAUCGACAAAUUUAAAUGUUCUGUAA